UGUGUGUGCGCGCGCGCGUGUGUAUCAUCCAUGCCAUUCAAUAGAUUAGCUUAUCAACAAAUUUUUCCAUCAACAAGAUUUUAUAUAACUUUUUAGUUUGACUAAAAUUUAAACUCCAACGCAGUAACACAUUUUAGUUUUUUUAACCAUGAUGAGUCACGAACGAACUCAUAAAAUAACCGGAAAAAAUCGAUACUUUUUUAUAAGAUUGUUAGUUUAUUGAUUAUUUAUAAAAGUUAAAUUUGGGUGCUAACUUUUAGAAUUUCUCUCUGUCACAAUUCAUACAAUAAAAUAUCACCAAAAAUGUGAUUUAAACAUGAGUGAUCAAGAAGACAACCAAGAACUGAUUGAUGAAAUAGAGCUUUUACAAAAUGCAAUUCAGCAAAAGAAAUCUUUGAAAUUAUGUGAAAAUGCAUCAGUUAAUAACAUUUUGAAUCUGAAUGUGGUGCCAAAAGUGGAGACAAAGUAUGAAUAUCAUCAAGUGCAAAAUGAGAAUGAUCUUAUUGAUGAAGAUUAUAGUCAUUCAAAUAAUUCCUAUGAAAAUUAUAGUUGUGAAAACCUGUAUGAUCUAUUAGAUUUGAACAAAAAUUUGAUAGACUUAGUCACUAAUGCUCAUGAUAAUAUGGUAAAAUUACUUGAAGAAUGUAAAAAUAGACAACGCAUGGUUGAUGCAGAAAUUGCAAAGUUUACAAAUGCAUGGACUACUUCUAAAAUAGUGAGCUUUAAUGCUGGUAUGCCAUAUUUUAAAGAUAAGACUUAUUUUUCAGCUAAGUGGAAUGAAGACGUAGAAACAAAAGUGAGAAAUAGAGAGUUACGCUUAGCUGAUCUUCAACGUAUACAGCGCUGGAGCCAGACGGACAAAAAUAAUUUAUUAAAAGCCAUAAGAUAUGAAGUCACUUUAAAUCUUUAUAAUAGAAAAGAAAAUAAUGAAGCUGACUCUGAUAAUUAUAGUAAAAUUAAUAACCACUUAUCUAAGGAUGAAAAGAAAGCUAUAGGAUCAUUAGGUUUAAUGAAAUUUGAUUGGUUGAAAAUAGCUAAUAAUAUGCCUGAAAAUAAGCAUACAGCAGAAGAAUGUGAAGUAAUGUGGAAUGUAUUUCUGCAUCCUGACAUUAAUAAACAAAAAUGGACUGAGAAAGAGGAUAAAAACCUUAAUCGUAUAGUUGAAGCAUAUGGAUUUGAAAAUUGGGAUGCAAUUGCCAGAGAACUAAAUACGAAAAGAAGUGGUUAUCAAUGUUUUGUUAGAUAUAAUACUAGUAACUUCAGAAAUUUGAUGAAAGGCACUUCGUGGUCACCAAUUGAUGAUAGAACUCUUAUACAUUUAGUCACAAAAUUAAAAAUUGGUGAUUACAUUCCAUGGGGAUAUAUUGCUAGUUGCAUGAAUAAUUGGACAAAACAACAGGUAUAUUUCCGUUGGUCAUAUAGUUUAGCACCUCAUUUGAAAAAAGGUAGGUUUUCUCCUCAAGAAGACCGUAUGCUUGAAGAUGCAGUGGAAAAAUAUGGUGAAAAUUUUAGUAAAAUAGCAGCUUUAGUAAUGAAUCAUAGAACAAAUAUUCAAUUGAAAGAGCAUUUUUAUACAUUGCAAGCCAAAAAAAAUAGUAGUAAAGAGUGGACUCUGGAAGGAGAUGAGAAACUUCUCCAGCUCAAGCGAAAAUAUGGUUCUAAUUGGUCAAAAAUUGCUUCAGAAAUCCCUAAUAUUUCAAGAGUUCAAGCAAGAUUACGUUAUGCCUCAUUGAUGCGUUUAGAGAAAAGGGGCAUUACUCUAAAAAAUAUUGAUAGGAACAAAAAUUCCGAUAAUAAUAUUUUAACUCACACUACAGUUACAUACACCACUAACACACCUUGGUCAUGGGAAAAUCGAGAAAUAUACGUCAAGCAUAUGAGGAUUGAUGACCAACUUAUACAUUUCUUUAAAAAAGAAAGAAUAAGAUCAGAUAUAGAGAAAAGAAAAUUUUAUCAUCCUGAUAAGUUACAAGAAGACACAAAAAUAUUAUAUAAUAAUUUAUUGAAAUUUAAUGCCUAUUUGAAAGUGCCUAAUCAAACUGAGAGUUAUGGUUUAAGUGAAAAAUAUCAUCAACUUUUGUUAUCUUUGAAAAUGCGGAUAGAAACCCCAUAUAAUAAUUUGAAUGAGCGGGUUGAGAAAAUGAGAUUGCAAAUGUUUGGACCCCAAGCACCACUACCAGAUAAUGAACGAUUUAUACCUCCAUUGCCAUUUGGUUUUUGCACCCCAAGAUUGAAGAAAAACAAUUCCAAAAGUAUUGAUUACUCAAUCAAUACAGCAGACCUUCAUCAAACACAACUCGUAAUAGCAGCUGACAAAUAUGUAUCAGACUAUUUGGGAGAAGAAAUUGAAGAGGAGUUUGAAAAAGUAAAGGAACUUUUGACUAAGUUGUAUGGUAGUAAAGGUCUUCAGAAUGCUUAUAUAUUGAGAAGUGUUCAAUCACUUAAUUCAGUCUUCUUUAUUGAACAAGAUACUAGUGUAAAAAAAAAUGGUACAGCUAUAAAAACUGUAAAUACAAAAAGGAAAUAUAAUUGGGAUUUGAACAAAAUGGAUUCUAAUGAUUCUCAUACUAAUGAUUUAUUAUCUGAGAAAAUAAAAAUCGACAGUGUGCCUGUAUUGAAAUUAGAACCAAAUCGAACAACUCUUCAGGCUUAUCAAGAGCUUCUUUUGAUUUCCAGACAUUUUCCUUCCAAUUCAGGUGAAAAUCAAUUCAAAUUGACUUGUAGAGGACGAGAAUCUUUGUACAAAUUUAAAACACGUUAUGAACAAUUGUUUCACUUACCUACUGGUUUAUCGCGCAUAAUACCUCCUGAUGUUGUCGAUGAAAGUGCAUUUUUACCCGCUCUUGAAAAACUUCAGAAAAAGAAUGUAAAAUGUAAAAAAAAGAAAAUGAAAUCAGUUGUAAAACUUGUAAAUACUAAAUACGUAGAAGUAGACUCAUGAAUAUUGUUCCAAAGUACUGUGACUAUGAGUUGUCUUAAUUUUUUCUAACAUGUUGGUAGAUUAAUUAUAAAACUUUUAAAAAAGAAUGAUUUUUUUAUUGAUAGGUUAAUUGCGAAGUUAGAAAUGCUACA